AUGGGCCUCAAGAGAUCAGACAGGUUCGGACACGAUACGCUGACUCAACAUUGUUGCUAUGGAAGCAAUCCUAAUCGCACUUCGUUGGCAGAAAUUGCUAGUCGCUAUACAAAUUUGAAUCGCCGAUACAUCUACCUCAUUGCCCCUACUCCGUACCUGUCCCCCGACUCGAACACAAUGCGCUCCGUUUGGAAAGGCCCAUUCUUCGUUCCGUUCCCAGCUGUUAAAGCCGGGGAGCCAGUGAAGACCAUGGCUCGGGCGAGCACCAUUUUACCCAGCCAUGUAGGACGCAAAUUCUUGGUGCACAAUGGAAAGGACUACAUACCUGUGCUUGUAACGGAGCAAAUGGUCAACCGGAAGUUGGGGGAAUUUGCGUUUACGAGGAAGUCGUUCUCAUUUAAGAAGAAGGAUGAUAAGCGGAGAUAAGCUGGAAAGAACUGAAGACUCUUCGGAAGAGUGCACCCGAAAGAGCAAAUGGAGGAGAAUACUGAACAAGCGGGAGCGCCUGCCUUCUCUGUCGGGCCCGCUUCCGCUGUGAUCGACUGGAGACUUUCAUGCGAACGAACAUAUGUACAUAUAUCAUCUGCUUUUUUAUUAAAACGAUUUAGGCGGUGAAGGGCUGUAGUAGAGUAUGCGAUCAUGUGGGAUGUAUAAUAGAACUGCUAGUGCGAGCUGCGGAAUAUUUCUUGCAUCAGUCUGAAAGAAACCAGCUCAUUUGUUGCCGAGCCGGCGAUGCUAGAGACGUUAUCAAUGGCGCUUAAUCUUAGUGCUAUAUCACUCAGUCAUUGUUUUACACUUUCGCAUCCGA